AUGAAGCUCUGUGUGGCUGGGCUCGCUCUGCUCGUGCUCAUGGCUGUCUGCUGCUCUCCAGCAUACUCUGCGCCACUGGGUUCUGACCCUCCCACGGCCUGCUGCUUCUCUUAUACCCUGCGGAAGAUUCCUCGGAAUUUUGUGACGGAUUACUAUGAAACCAGCAGCCUCUGCUCCCAGCCUGCUGUAGUAUUCCAAACCAAAAGAGGCAGGCAAAUCUGUGCUAACCCCAGUGAGGCCUGGGUCCAGGAAUACAUGGAUGACUUGGAACUGAACUGAGCUGCUCUGGACUAGUGCUGGGGUCUGCAGUGAAGGUCACCUGAG